UGUAUGUAAAGGAAAUGUGUGAAUCUCGUCUCUGCAUUUCACUGAACAGGAAAUAUCAGAGGCAGGCUGAGGCACAGGACAGGCGCGCCUUCCGUACUCGCUGAGGUGCUGCCUCUCUCUGUACAGAGGUUCUGCCAGCGACUGCUGUGCUCACCUCCCGGCUCCUGCUGCACCUCACACUGACCCCGGACACUCUUCUCCAUUACACCUACAGGUUGCCACCGGAUACCCUCGUCGUGACGCUUCCCUACCCAGUGUCACCGUCCGCUCGGUGGGCAGCGGCUGGCGCUGAGCUGUACAGGGGGCAUCCGUGUUUCUGUACUCUUCGGGGAUGAGGAUGACAGUAGAUGUGUCCAAUCGUCACACAGAGCUUUGAGGAUUCCAGGCCAGCAGACGGUCAGGAUGAUGAAGGCCAGCUCUGCGGACAAGGACUAUGUGCUGGUGGAACACGGCUUUGAAUACACAGCCAAAGACGGCACAGUUGUAUCCAUAAAUCCCAAUGAGAGGUACAUCCUUCUAAAGAAGACCAAUGAGCACUGGUGGCAGGUGUGCCAGGACUACAAGUCCAAGCCUUUCUACAUCCCAGCAAAAUAUGUCAAAGUUCUGUCGCCCUUUUCCCAGAAUUGCACUGGGAUGGCCCGGACUGGUUCAGAGGAAACGAUGGACGUUCCCAGUACGGAAUACAGCUACAAAUAUGUGCCAGCCAGAACCGACGCUCAUGUCCAACGCUCCAGCAUCGCAGUGGGUGCCGGCACACAUUCUCUCUGCGACAUAUCUAUAACAAGGGAGGAUCUGGAUGAAAGAAAAUUCUUACCGGAUCAAAAAGACGCUGGACAUACGCUGGUUCCACUCAGAACGUUCCAGAAUUCCAAAAAGAUUCUCGACCCCCUAAAACGUAUUAGCUAUAUGUGUCCCCCUGAAUUUCAACCCAGUAUCAGGCCGUCUCAAUCUCUAAAUGAUCUACAGGUGAUCAAGUCUGAACCCCCUGUACCCAAUCCCCGGCAGCCAGACGUCCGAGGUGAAAUGGAGAAGCUGUCCAUCCAAGAGAGUCAUAUGGCUGGAGCUCAGGGAGAGUCGCCUCCCGAAAAGGUGAUCAAGUCUGAACCCCCUGCACCCAAUCCCAGGCAGCCAGACGUCCGAGGCAAGAUGGAGCAGCUAUCCAUCCAACAGAGCAAUAUGGCCGGGGCUAAAGGAGACUCAUCACCAGAAAAGGUGAUCACAUGUGAACCCCCUGCACCCAAUCCCUGGCAGUCGGAUGUCCGAGGCAAAAUGGAGCAGCUGUCUAUUCAAGAGAGCCAUAUGGCCGGGGCUAAGAGAGACCGGUCUCCCGGAAAGGUGAUCAAGACUGAAUCCUCUGUACCCAAUUCUCAGGAGCAAGACGCCCAAGGCAAACUGGGGCAGCUGUUCACUCAAGAGAGCCAUAAGGCUGGAGCUAAGGAAGAAUCUACAAAAAAGGUGAUCAAGUCUAAGUCACAUGUACCCAAUCCCUACCAGCCAGAUAUCCGAAGUAAGAUGGAGCCGCCAUCCAUCCAAGAAAGCCAUUUGGCUGGAGCUAAGGGAGAUUUGUCUUUAGAAAAGAAUUACAGUGGGGUGUCCCAAGCCAGUUCAGAGAAGACAAAGGAUGUUCCCAGUAGCUGCAAUAUUCAGCCAGCCAAAGCCGACGCCAUUGUCAAUCCUCAACGUUUUAGUAUCAUACUGUGUGCCGAAACACAUUCUCAUUCUGAUGUGCCUGUAGUAAAGGGGGAUCUAGCUGAACAAAAACCCUUACUCGAUAAAGUAGACAUGGGACAUACACUGGGUCCACUCAGAACAUUCCAUAAUUCCAAAAAGAUCCUGGACCCUCUUAAACGUUUUAGCUAUAUGUCCCCCCCUGAAUUUCAACCCAGUAUCAAGCCUUCCCAGUCUCUAAAUGAUCUACGGGAGAUCAAGUAUGAGCCCCUUGUACCCAGUCCCUGCCAGACGGAUGUCCGAAAUAAGAUGGAACCGCCAUCCAUCCAAGUGAGCCAUGUGGCUGAAGCUAAGGAAGGUUCACCUCCAAAAAAGAAUUACAGUGGGGUGUCCCAAGCCAGUUCAGAGAAGACGAAGGAUGUUCCCAGUACGGAAUAUGGCGGCAAUAUUCAACCAGCCAAAGCCGGCGCUAAUGCCAGUCCUCAACGUUUGAGCAUUAUACUGUGUGCUGAAACACAUUCUCUUUCUGAUGUGCCUGUAGUAAAGGAGGAUCCAGCUGAACGAAAACCCUUACUGGAUAAAGGAGACAUGGGACAUACACUGGGUCCACUCAGAACAUUCCACAAUUCCAAAAAGAUUCUGGACCCUCUAAAACGUAUUAGCUAUAUGUCCCCCCCUGAAUUUCAACCCAGUAUCAAGCCUUCCCAGUCUCUAAAUGAUCUACGGGAGAUCACGUUUGAGCCCCUUGUACCCAGUCCUUGCCAGACGGACGUCCGACGUAAGAUGGAAUCGCCAUCCAUCCAAGUGAGCCAUGUGGCUGAAGCUAAGGGAAGUUCACCUCCAAAAAAGGAUUACAGUGGGAUGUCCCAAGCCAGUUCAGAGAAGACGAAGGAUGUUCCCAGUACGGAAUAUAGCUACAAUAUUUUGCCGGUCGGUGCUAAUGCCAAUCUCCAGCAUUUUAGCAUCGCACCAAGUGCCGACACACAUUCUCAUUCUGAUAUAUAUGUAGUAAAAGAGGUUCCAGCUAAACAAAAACCCUUACUGGACAAAGGAGACAUUGGACAUAGGCGUGGUCCACUCAGAACAUUCCAUAAUUUCAAAAAGAUUCUGGACCCUCUAAAACGCAUUAGCUAUAUGUUUGCCCCUGGAUUUCAACCCAGUAUCAUGCAUUCACAGUCUCUGAAUGAUCUGCGGGAGAUCAAGUCUAAGCCUCUUGUACCCAAUCCCACCCAGGUGGACGUAGUGACGAUGGAGCCGCCAUCCUUUCAAAGGAGCCAUGUAGCUGGAGCUGAGGGAGAUUUGCCUCCAGAAAAGAAUUACAGUAGGAUGUCCCAAGCCAGUUCAGAGAAGAUGAUGGCUGUUGCCAGUACGGAAUACAAAUACGAUACUCUACCAGCCAAAACUGGGACGAAUGCCAAUGUCCAGCGGUUCAGCAUCGCACAGGUUGCUGACACACAUUCUUUUUCUGAAAUAUCUGAAAUAAGGGAGGAUCCGGCUAAACAAAAACCCUUACUGGACAAAAGAGACCCUCUAAAACGUAUUGGAUGUGUGUUUCCCCAUGAAUUCCGACCCAGUGUCAAGCUUUCCAAGUCUCUAAAUGAUCUACAGGAGAUCAAGCCUGAACCCCCUUUACCCAAUCAAUGCUGGCUGGAUGUCCGAAGCAAGAAAGGGCCACCAUCCAACCAAGGGAGCCAUGUGGCCGGAGCCAAGAAAAACUCUUCUAUAGAAAAGGUGGUGAAUGAAGAGGAGGAAUCCUUCUAUGUUAACUUAGAAGAAUUUCGGAAAGACAAGGAAAAGCCAAGAUCAUCUUCUCAAAAUCUCGGUUCCUCCAGCACUUUAGAUGACUGGGAGACGCACACAGACCAAGGCAGCGGUCAGCUCUUCUACUAUAACAGUGUGACUGGGGAAACUACCUGGGAUUGUCCCUUUGACCAAGCCGAGGAACAGCUCAUCUCCCCUGCAUCCCCGAGCCCAGCUGAGGAAGACUCUAACUGGGAGAAACAUUUUGAUGAAACUAGUGGACAAUUCUACUUCCAUAAUCCAGUGACGGGGGAGACGUCCUGGGACCCACCAGCACAGGACGAUCUGCAUCCAUCAGGGGGCAAACCAAUGUUUUCCCCCUAUGGUUCAAUGGAGAGGAGGCCACCGACUCCUGAAGCAGAUUACCCCGAUUCUCCACAGGAAGACAUAAAUUACCCAGAGACCGACUAUGGAGGCCGUUACAUUCCUCCUCCACCUUACAAAGCCCCCUCUGAAGAGCAACUCUCCGGCUGGGCCUAUCAUUUCAAGGAUGGGCAGAGGUUCUACACAAACAAUUACAACGGUGACACGUGGGUCCAAUCACAAGACCAGGACGGAAAUACCUUUUUCUGUUCCCCAGAUGGCUCUGUGUCACAGUGGACGCUACCUCCGCUCGGAUCUCCUGAAUUACAGAGAGGGCACAGGGAUGCCAAUCAGAACAGUGUGCCCAUUACAGGCUGGAGGAACAACCAUCCGAUCUACGCUCCGCAGAAAGAGACAACAGAGGUGGCAACAGAGUUGACCCAAAUGAAAGGAUUGGUAAAAGCGGGACUUUUGCAGAAGGCCAAGACUGCAGAGAACGGCAAACGGCUGCGCAAGAACUGGAGCACUUCAUGGACUGUUCUGGAAGGGAGGAUUCUAACGUUCUUCAAAGAUGCUAAGAACCUGUCAUCGAACAGCCUGAAACAGUCGUCUCUGAUGACCAGCCCAGAGCAUACAGUCAAGCUGCAAGGGGCAUCUCUUAGCUGGGCCAGCAAAGAGAAGUCCAGCAAGAAACAUGCGAUGGAGUUAAAAACCCAAGAUGGCUCCGAGUAUCUGAUUCACCAUGACUCCGAUAUGCUCGCAGGGGACUGGUUCAUCGCAAUAAAAAAAUGUAUUGGUAAAGAUACACGCAUGUCUUCUGAGAACACCUCUGAGAAUGAGACGGAGUCAUUGCAGGAAUUUGGCUCCACAGAGAAGUUGGGAAUGAAAGAUGAGAAAAAAG